AUGGAACUUUGGGAUAUUGAAUGCAGUCCUCUGACAGCUCUCCGAUGUUGUCCAUCGCUGCAGAAACUCCAAAAAACCCUGGCUGUUAUGGUCACUCUUUCUGCUGGUUUACAGGUGGCAGAAAGAGGAAAACAGAUAACUUCUCAAUUCAAAACCAGAACCACUGGCAGUAGAAAGAAAUGGGAGCUGCCAAGUCCCAUUGCCAGCAGCAGCCCAGUUGUUGCACGGUGGCAACAUCUGUGUAGAAGAGAAGGCAGAAGUACAGACACUUUAACUGGAGCUCCAUUAGUGACUGUUAUAGAAGCAGGAGAGCAAACCUGGACUGAGACACUGUUGGGGGCUGGCCCACCACUGUUAACUAAAGAACUGGGAGGAGCAGAAACACCAAGAAAUAAACAGUGGGCUAGAGUGAAAGUGGUAACAAUGAAGCAAGCAGAAGAAGAGACAUCAUUAGUGGUGGAGGGUGGAACCCGAGCAGGGGCAGAGAAUGAAACUUUUGUUGGGAAUGUGAUCAGGCCAAUAACUUGGCCAGGAACAAAUAGCGAACCAGUGACAGAGGCUGCAACAGACACAAACACAGGUUCUAGAGGCUUAUUCAAUGUGGGACUCCCUACAUCUAGCAAAGUGGACUCUCAGCCAGUUUGUGCCAGGCACUCUACAACUUCAGCACGCAAGAACUCUCUAGCUGAUGUUUCUUUGCAUGUGAAACAGGAUCAUACAAUAAAAAAACGGUGCAUAUCUUUAAUUCCUUUGAAAGUCUUAGAUGCUCCAGGAUUGAAGGAUGAUUACUAUCUUAAUUUGGUCGACUGGAAUGCUGCAAAUAUAGUAGCUAUUGCCCUUUCCAAUGCAGCUUAUCUUUGGCACCCAGAGAAGGGAGUCCAUAAGGCCUUAAAUGUGGAAUCUGGAUACAUUUCAUCUCUGGCCUGGAUUAAGGAUAGAAACAACCUUGCAAUUGGAACUACUGCUGCCCAGGUACAGCUGUGGGAUGUUGAGACGAAGAAGAAAUUGCGGAAUAUGCAAAGUCAUUGCUCAAUGGUUGGAGCUCUUAGUUGGAAUGACCACAUUCUUACCAGUGGUUCUCGGUUUGGAUCCAUUCAUCAUCAUGAUGUAAGAAUUGCACGACACCAUGUUGGCACUCUCUGUGGUCAUGAUUCACAAGUAUGUAGCCUUAAAUGGUCACUGGAUGGUGCAUUCCUUGCUAGUGGUGGAAAUGAUGGUCUGCUGAAUAUCUGGCACAAUGAUCCCGGAGCCAACACCAGUAGUAAACCAGAUCUGACCAUUAAUAACCUAGAGUCAGCUGUAAAGGCCGUGAACUGGUGCCCAUGGCAAUCUCAAAUUCUUGCUGUUGGGGGAGGAAUGAAAGAUGGACAUUUGCGUAUUUGGGACACAAAAAGUGGGACCUGCAUUCAAGAUAUAGAUACAAGAUCACAAAUUUGUUCAUUGCUCUGGUUACCAAAGUACAAAGAGCUAGUAACUGGCCAUGGUUUUCCCAAACAUCAGGUCUCAGUCUGGAACUACCCAUCCCUUACAAAAUCAGCUGAUCUCAAAGGUCACAGAGGGAGAGUUCUGCAUAUGGCAUCGAGUCCUGAUUGCAAUGUGGUGUUUUCAGCAGCAGCCGAUGAAACUGUGUGUUUGUGGAAUUGCCUAACUGUCAAAGAACAGACAACAGAUAGUUUUAUGGAAGGGACAGUGACUUUAUAA